UAAACGGUUCUAGUAGUUCUUUCUAUGUUACAUUUAAAAGAAAAUUGUAGUAAUGACUGGUGUGCAAGAAACUUCGUGUAGGCUUUGCCAUACAACUGUAACCAUAACAAAUUUUUCAGUAAUAGACAACGUUAUUAGAAAUGUUCUUGAUGCUCUUUUGCUGAAAUUGAAAUUCGAUAGUGAGAGCAAGGAAGUUAUAUGCAAUACUUGCAGAAAAAAAUUAUAUGCAGCAUUCGAAUUCAAGUCAACAUGUCUGAAUACCAAUAAUACAAUUGUUCCACAAGUUGAUUUAAAACAAGUUUACAUGAAGGAAGAGAGCAGUAAGUCAAUGGAUAUUUCAGACAGUCAGAAAAUAUGUCGGUUGUGUAUGCAGCCAGUAAGAAGUGAGUUUACGUUCAUACAUGAAGAGGAACUCGAAACUAUUCAGAAAUUUGCCCCUGAAAUGAAUAUAGAUAUUAAAGAUCAUCCCAUUGUAUGUAAGGAAUGUUUUGAUUCCCUGUGCAUCCACAACAGUUUCCUAAGAGAAUGCUUAGAAGUAGAGGAGAAAAUUAAAGGUAGUUUUGAUAGUCAAGCCACAGAAAGACAAAUAGAUACAUUACCAUGUGAUUUAUUCGUUAAGACUGAAAAUCUGUACAAAGAAUUUGAUAUUAACAGGACGGAUUUGUCAAUCAAAACUGAAUGUGUCGACAUAAAAUCUGAAGAUGAGGAAAGAAGUGACAUGCCACUGCAGAGGUCCGAUAAUGAACCGUUUCAGGAGAGUGACUGUAAAGAUACAGAAGAGGAAGGAUGUCAACAUGGGACUGGAUCGGAAAACAAAAGUAAUACAACAACCAAGCAGGUUCAAAUGUACAAAUGUAAUGACUGUGAUUACGAAACUAAACACAGCGGUUGUCUCAAAACGCAUCAACUGAAACAUAAAGAUCCUUCACAGGUUCAAAUGUACAGGUGUAACCAGUGCGAUUACGAAACUAAAUAUAGGGAGAAUAUCAAACAUCACCAACUGACACAUAAAGAUCCUUCAGAGACUGAAAUGUACAGGUGUAACCACUGCGAGUACGAAACUAAAUACAGAGAGAAUAUCAAGCAGCACCAACUGACGCACAAAGAUCCUUCAGAGGUUCAAAUGUACAAAUGCAACGAUUGCGAUUACAAAACUAAGUACAAGCAUGUUAUCAAAAAGCACCAAAGCACCAAACAUAAAGAUCCAUCUCAGAUGUAA